AUGGUGGAAACAUUGUCAGGGAUGAUAAGUGCACUAGAAACCCAGGUUUGCUCUGAUCACUUCCCAGGUGGUAGAUGCAAGAUUUGGUGCCAUAAGGUUCCAACUUUGUUCCUGCCACAGAAGAUGACACCAGACUCAAAACACAGAAAAUUCGCUAAUAGCAACAAAGAUCGGUUUUGGUUCAGUAGUCUUGGUAUUGAAGAUGGGAAUGAAACCAUGGAGGUCACAAACACAGAUCCAGGAAUCUUCGAAAAUGAUAUUCACUCGGAAGAUUUUAAAUUUUAUUCCAAGACGAAUGUCCCUGAUAUAGAUUCAGCAUCAGAACUACAUAUAUCUGAAGUGGGGAAAGAUUUUAGAAAAGAGGAAAAUUUAUCAAAUGAUUGUAAUUCAAAUGACCAGAACAGAGGAAGGAUAUCCAAUGAUGUUUUGAUGGUUGAAGAAAGCCCCCCCCAUGAAAACACUGAACUAUCCAGUCACACAUCAAUUAGUGAAAGCAUGCAAGUUUGCCGUCCAGAAAUUACUAUAGAGGACAUCAGAGAUUCAACCGAUCAAGACCUGUUUUAUACUGGUCUUGUAAACUAUAAUACAUUUUUUGCAUUAUAUGAGAGUCUUCUCAAGAUUGGUGCAGACCGAAUGGAUGUUGAAAAUGGGACAUUAAUGCGAAAACCAUCAAAUCGUAAACUAAGACUGGUGGAUGAGUUUCUUAUGGUUCUCAUGAGACUAAGACUUGGCUUACUAUUAAAUGAUUUGGAAUUUAGAUUCAAGUUUUCUGCUGGUUAA